AAAAUGCUUGGAAUUCCAUUCCUAGACGAUGCUAUAUUUAAAUUGUUUAAACCUCAAGCCUUUGACGAUCCAGUUGAUAGGCUUAAUUAUUUUGUUACGUCUUCAUUGCUGACAUUUUUUGCUUUAAUGGUUUCUGCUAAACAAUAUGUUGGAAGUCCUAUUCAAUGUUGGAUGCCUAUGGAAUUUAAAGGAGGUUGGGAACAAUAUGCAGAAGAUUACUGUUUUAUUCAAAAUACUUAUUAUGUUGCACCGGAAGAAGAAAUACCUGCUGAGGUGACAGAACGGGAUGAACGACAAUUUGGCUAUUAUCAGUGGGUGCCUAUAAUGUUGGCAUUACAGGCAGUUAUGUUUUAUUUACCAAAUUGGAUUUGGAAGACUUUACACCAACAAAGCGGUGUUGAUUUAGAAACAGCUAUAGCAGAUGCUCGUUCAUUACGUUCAAUGUCUUCAUCUAAAAGACAACAAGAAAUGAAUAAAUUAGCCCAAUAUUUAAAUGAAACAUUAGAAUUACACGAAACACAUCGAACACCUCGUUAUUUUUUAUGUUUACGUUUUGGACGUUCACUUGGCUCUUAUGUUUCUUCUCUUUAUUUAUUUAUUAAAUUUUUAUAUUUGGUUAACGUCCUUGCCCAAUUCUUUUUAUUAAAUGCUUUUAUCGGCCACGGAUUUGCACUUUGGGGUUGGACUGCCAUUCAAUCCUUGUGGUUAGGAGAUGGAUGGCAAGACUCUCCAGUAUUUCCACGUGUUUCACUUUGUGAUUUUCGUGUUCGGCGACUUGCUAAUAUGCACAGAUACACUGUUCAAUGUGUUCUUAUGAUUAACAUGUUUAAUGAAAAGAUUUAUCUUUUCAUGUGGUUUUGGAUGUUUUUAGUUGGUAUUUCAACUUUAAUCAAUUUCCUUUAUUGCCUAUUUUCACUGGUGCCACCAUCUGCCCGAGAACGUCAACUUCGUCUUUUAUUAAAACAAGCAAAAUUCCAAGAUUUGGUUCAUUGCAAAGAAGCUGCCCCUCUCCUCCAACGUUUUGCCAAUUACGCAUUACGUCCUGACGGAAUUCUUCUUUUGCGAUUUAUUGAGGGUCAUGCUGGUGCUAUUGUUGCAAGAGAAUUAGUUGCUCAACUUUUUUCCGAUUACGUACAUCAUUGUGAGGGUAAAAAUGAUUAUUUUCUUUAUUUGAAAAUCACAUAUAGGCCCUUGACAAUAAUUUCCAAAACUAUUGGCAGUACCGAACCCGGUUGGAUUUUCCGGCGUCCUGAUUCCAAAUCAGGAUUUAGGGUCUUUUUAAAAAGACCAAUUGGGUUUUUUUUAUUUUCAAAAAUUAUUAGAAAUUUAUAA